CCUUAACACCACCACCUGGUUAGUCGUAAGAUCUUCAUCGUCGCUAGCAAUGCAAACACCACGGUCGACACGCUCCUCGACUCUCGGCAAACGCACUCACUGCAGUGAGUUGCCAUCGCCAGACCCAACUCCCAGCUAUAAGCGACCAAAAACGACGGUCACCGUACUCGAUGGCGACGAUAACAAGGAGAACAUUCCUCCUUAUCGCGUCCGCGCUGUGAACGCGGACGCCCCUUCGCCAAUCUCAACAAGAGCAACGCGAGCGCUGAGGAGAACGACGACAGAGGUUGAAGUGACACCACCUCGUCGACGAGCGCAGCGUCGCGCCUCUGCUUCCUCUCUGAUUUCUUCCCCUUCAACGCCGGCCACACCAGUGUCACCCUCUAUGAUAACCACACCUCCUCCUACGCCCACUAGGCCCUUACCUUUCCAUGUCAGGGCGCGUGCGCUACUUCGUGCGACAUGUGAUGAUGCAGUGGAUAUGCCGGCGCGCCAUGAUGAGCGUGCAAUCAUUCGUGACUUUAUCACGGGUUUCAUGGCUGAUUCGCCCCUGGACUCUGCAGAUCAUUCGUCUUGUCUCUACAUUUCUGGGGCACCUGGAACCGGUAAAACCGCCCUCGUCAAUUCAAUUCUCCAUUCUCUCGACAAUGAUAUCGAGGUCAUUACGAUCAAUUGUAUGGCGCUAAGUAGUAUUGAAGCCCUGUGGGAGCGGCUUCACGAGAAGUUCGAGGGAGCGAAAAAGUCAUCUAGUCGAACAAAGAAGGCUACGAGGGGGAAAGAUGCCGUAGAAGCUCUGAUAAAUAGUCUUCCGACGAAGUGCCUCUUAGUAUUGGACGAGUUGGACCACAUCACCACGACAACUCAUUCAUUGACGACUCUGUUCUCUCUUCCCACUUCCAAUCCCUCCGUUAUACGUGUCAUUGGCAUCGCUAACACUCAUACCUUGACGUCAUCUGCCUCGUUCGGGUCAUCCGUGCAAACACUUCACUUCGCUCCUUACACGCCGACGCAGCUACUUCAAAUCAUCGAAGCAAGGUUAGCCCCUUUGCGUAAUGAUAAAGUCGAUGCAGAGCAGGCCAAAGCGCUCCUGCCUGCUCCAGCCUUGACAUUGUUGACAAAGAAGGUCGCGGCUAUGACCGGAGAUGUUAGAAGCCUUUUCGAAGUUUUACGUGGGACAAUCGAUGCUGCUGUCACAUCCUGCAAGGGCGAUAGAUGUCCUGCCAUCACGCCUGCCCAUGUUCUUACCGCUCUUAAAAGCCAUGGACCAUCCAACAAAAAACCCUUGGCACCCUCCUCCACGCCCUCUAACCAAGGUUCAAACGACAAUGAAAUUAUAUCAAAUGUCAAGUCCUUGGGCCUCCAAGCACGCAUUGUUCUUCUCCUGAUCUUGCUAUCCUCCAAGCGAAUCGAAGCUGGCUUGCCCCUCGUCUCAACCGCCGCAGCCAAGUCCCCUUCAAAAUCCACAGGAGUAGAAACGUCGCAUCUAUUCAUCUUUUAUUCAGCGGCGCUGCAGCGUGGUGAUAGCGAUGUGUUCACACCCGUCUCGCGUAGUGAAUUCAUGGACCUAAUUGGUAUGCUGGAUGGGGUUGGUUUAGUGUCCGCUACGUCUACCAUCGGGUCUCCUCGCGGCAAAGGUGGCAAGCGUUCUCUUACAAGGACGUCAUCGGGAACCAUUACAGGGGAUGUCCAAAUCGCCUCAGGGAUUCGACCAGACGAGGUUUUGAGGGGUUUGGGUGUCAAAAGUGCCGAUGCAGAGGUAUCAGACGACGUGAUGGAAGAGGAGGUGUCUGCCAUGUGGCAUCGGGAGACGGCUAGAUUGAAUAAAGAGAUAAAGGAGGUGCAAAAUGCUGCAGCCAAGUCACAGGAGCGGCGGAAUCCUCAUUUCGCAGACGCGAUGGAAGAUAAUUAGAGUUUCACUCCGUCUGCCCAAUUUCUGUCAUCGUCGCAUUCAUUCGUCUAGGUUAUCUCGGUUAACACGUCUAAGAAGGUUGUAUCAAUAGUUGACUGCUUGUUUAUGGGACCAUGUAAAAUGUACCAUGUUAAUUUAUUGCCGUCUCCGUUUGUCCUACGAUG